UUAUUAUUUUUUCUGCCACUUUUUUAAGCUGUAUGUGUUGGUUCUUAAUCUCUCAUACGUCAACAUGCAUCAUAGGGGCAACGACGAAGAUCAAUUGCAGACGAAGAUCAUCGUCGUUCUUGCCCUAAUACCUCCCCCCCAUAGCCGUUCUUUCCCUAAUUGCCCAUUGAAACAUUCAAUCAACAUGUCGUCGUCUUCUACCUCUGGUCUAAUUCGAAAACCUAAAGUCUUCAAGGUCGAUUUGGAUGGAAAUGUGUACUGUCAUCACGACAUUGUUGCGGUUCUUCGAGUAGCUGGACUUAAAAGUGAAAGACAUGGUGAAGAAUUUUACGGCUGCUCUCACUGGCCUAGAGGGGAUUGCAAAUUCUUCCUCUGGAAAGAAGAUGUUGAUAAGAUGUUCGUUGAACGUUCAUACGGCACCUCAACUCAAGUGACGUUUAAAGACCUGAAGAUAAAGAACCUUGAAUUACACAAUAUGUUAUUAAUAGAAGAGAACAAGAACUUGAAAGCAAUGAGAUUUGACACAAAGACGAAGUCGAAGAAACCAUAUGUGCUAACCUUUGUAAUUGGAAUUGCCAUAUUGUUGUAUUUGUGGAAUUAGUAUUGUUUGAUAAUGAACUGUUGUGGUAUUUAGUGUUUGUAACCAUUUGUGCCUACUUGUUAUGAAAUGGACAUCUAAGUUAUGCUUUUGUUA